UCUUUGGAAAGGAUUCUCUCGAUAUCUUCGAACGUUUCUUUAAGCCAAUUGAACUGUAAAUACCAUUAUGGAGGGGAGUUCAAGAUCAAUCGGGAGAAAACGCGAACGAGAGGAAGAAGACAUCGAAUCCGAAAAUAAAGAAAAUGACGAAACUCUUUCGCUCGAGAACAGUCUUACAUUUAGUGAUACUUUGAUUGCUCUGCGGAUAAUGCGGUCUCAGUUUCCAAACAUUGAGAAGGUAUCAGUUCAGCCCUUUAUUUUACGUUCACAACUGUAUAGCAGUGUAAAAGACAGGACACAAGUGGAUAGGGAAUUAGAGUCAUUGAGGAAGGAGAAAAUUUUGCGCAUUUUCAAAUUAAAUACAGGCCAAGAUGACCAUGCUAUAAUGUUCAUUGAUGAUUAUUUAAACCAGAUUGAACUAGUGGUGAAAAGGAUGGAAGCCAAAAGACAAGAUAUUGCAGUUUUUGAGUGGUUUAAAGAACAUGUCAUUCCUACCCAGCUUGAUCCCAGUAUAGGGCAUCAGGAGCUGUGUUCACUCCUGUCAUUUGGGGGAAGUUUGAAGGAUGAGCAUAUUUCUCUCUUAAUUAAUGCUGGUCUUCUUACUCGUCAACUGAUUGAUCCAAAUAUGUAUUGGUUUGCAAUUCCAAAUAUUGGCUUCAUUCUUAAGGGCCUUUCUCAGGUAUAUGUUCACUUGCAAAAUUGAUUCUAAAAUUGCUUA